UAUUCCCAGCAUUAAAAACAAACCAGUCACGUUGAAUGUAAUUUUACUCAGGGUUACCACGGACACUUAGUCGGUUUCGUUAUAGUGUUUUUCUUUUAAAAGAUUAUGCAUAAAGCUAUAGGCCAACUGAGCCAUACUUUAAUUGCAGAGUAAUAGAUAAUUGUGGCGCAAGGACAUGGUGAUGAUGUCUGUUCAAAUCAAAAUGAAAAGAGAAACUAUCACAUGAGUUUAUUUUGGACUUGUGGUUUUUGGUCACUCCGUCAUCCUAUGACAAUGUGUCAUAGAAACACUGGGGCUUUUUUUUAUGAAACUAGGUUUGAGAUAAAAGAAUAGCCUAAAAGUAUGGCUAACUUUCUUUUUAAGAUUAGAUAGAAAAUGUAAGCUUAAUAGAGCACCCAUGAAAUUUGUAAUGUGAGUCAAACAAACGUUUAAAAUGCAACAAAAUAAACACUAUCCACUCAUAUAUCCUACUGACAUACUUGCCGAAGUAUGUAAUUUAAAAAAAUGUAUAGGGCUACUACACAACUACAGAACACAUGCAGCCAUAGCCAUGCUAUGGGUAUCCAGUAUCUAAGUCAUGAUGCAUCAUCAAAGCCAUCUGACGUUUUCUUUGGACUGUGUACAAACAGGGAACUGACCAGAGGAUGGGAGGAGUAUGGAGAUAUAGUCAGAAGCGCUGCUGUCUAAGGGAUAUACCAUCAGACAGCAGACAAGAACACACAAUGGCUGAACUUUCCCUCGCUGACAUCGACGCCAUCUUCAAGGAGCUGAACAUAACGUACAACGGCACAGAUUUCUGGAUUGAUCCCAUCACUCAGCCAUGCAACCCCUCGCCUAUCUCCGACACGGCCAUGAUUGGCAUGAGUGUCUUCUACGUGCUCGUCUUUCUGCUGGCCAUCCCUGGGAACAUUCUGGUCGGGCUGGUGAUAUGCCUGAACAAGCAGCCCCUUUCCUCCUCCGAUCUCUACCUCCUCCACCUGGCCGUGGCCGACAUCCUCCUGGCCGUGACUCUCCCCUUCUGGGCCACCUCCGUGACGCUGGGCUGGGUGUUCGGCGACGCCAUGUGCAAAAUGGUCAGCAUCCUCCAGGAACUCAGCUUCUAUGUCAGCAUCCUCUUCCUGGCCUGCAUCAGCGUGGACCGCUACCUGGCCAUCGUCCGCGCCACAGACACUCACAAGGUGAGCCGCCGACUGGUGAACUGGUGCGUCUGCGCCGCCGUGUGGUUCACGGGGGGACUGCUGUCUCUGCCGGGGCUGUUGAACUCUGCCAACCCUUCAACCGACUCGUCCAACGGCACGCAGCUGAGCGUUUGCACCGAGCAUUACGACCCGGGCAGCGUCCAGGAAUGGAGGCUGGCCACCAGGGGGCUCAGCCACACCCUGGGCUUUGUCUUCCCGUUGAUUGUGAUGCUGCUUUGCUACGGGACCACCAUGCGGCGCCUCCUGCGCACCAAGGGCGGCUUCCAGCGGCAGCGCGCCAUGCAGGUGAUCGUGGUGUUGGUGGUGGCCUUCCUGGUGUGCUGGACGCCCUACCACCUGGCGGUGAUCAUCGACACUUUCCUUCGGGCGGGGACCGGGCCGUACCAGUGCCUGACGCGGGACACCAUGGACCGAGCCGUGUUCGCCACGCAGAGUCUGGGGCUUCUGCACAGCUGUGUGAACCCAGUGCUGUACGCGUUUGUGGGCAGGAAGUUCAGAGGGAGGUUGGAGUCAGUGAUCCAGCAGACGGGAUUUCUUGAGCGCACGCAGACGCCGAGACCAAGCGGGUCCUCAUCAACGGAAAGGCCAUCCACGGUCCUAUAACUGUGUGUGUGUGUGUGUGUGUGUGUGUGUGUGUGUGUGUGUGUGUGUGUGUGUGUGUGUGUGUGUGUGUGUGUGUGUGUGUGU